CUUGGUUUCCCUGCUGGGGGGCGUUCUGUCCGCUCCCGGAAAAGGAGGAAGGGGCAAACAGGUGGGUUUCUGCAACUCUGCAUCCCUAGCCUUGCGAACAUGUAGGCCUUCCGGGGCGCUCUGCUGCCCUGCCCAGGCAGAAGGUUCCCCGGAUAACUCAAGUCAGCCUCCCGUCCUGCAGUAUGAAGACGCCGGGGGAGCCGCUGGUGUCUCCAGACUGUUUCUCCUCCGACCUGGCCCCAGCUCCAGCCCCUCUCUCUCCUCAGGCUUCCCUAAUGGAUAAAAGUACUGAUCCUGAACCGAUGCCACCGUCAUCCGGCGGGGCUGAUCCGCCUAGUAAGUCCCCAGACUCCGUGGCUGGCUCAGCUCUGCCCCAGGAGCUCGGGGAGGGGGAUCCAGCUUCUGUCGCCACUCCCCUGGAAACGGGGUUCAUUACUCCUAGUGAGUUGAGCCCUCGAACUGAGGAGCAAGAGCUUUCUAGAAAUGUGAGCCCGCCAGAAGAAGAAACGAACACAUUAGAGGUGGACGCCGGAGAAGCCAUGGAAGGUGUGGCUGAGGCCCCGGAUCCAGAGGACGAGGGAUACACCACUUGGAGCUACAACUUCUCACAGUCACCUCGAUUUCUCACUGGUUCCUGGUCUGAAUUCAGAGCCCAACACGAGAACUUCUUGAAAGGCUGCAAGUGGGCCCCUGAUGGUUCCUGCAUCUUGACCAAUAGUGCUGAUAACAUCCUGCGAAUUUAUAACCUGCCCCCAGAACUGUAUAAUGAGGGAGAACAGACGGAAUAUUCAGAAAUGACCCCAGUGCUCCGGAUGGUGGAAGGUGACACCAUCUAUGACUACUGCUGGUAUUCUCUGAUGUCUUCAGCCCAGCCAGACACCUCCUACGUGGCCAGCAGCAGCCGGGAGAAUCCGAUUCACAUCUGGGAUGCAUUCACUGGAGAGCUUCGGGCCUCCUUUCGUGCCUACAAUCACCUGGAUGAGCUGACGGCAGCGCACUCACUCUGCUUCUCCCCGGAUGGCUCCCAGCUCUUCUGUGGCUUCAAUCGGACUGUGCGCGUUUUCUCCACAGCCCGACCGGGCCGAGACUGUGAGAUCCGAGCCACAUUUGCCAAAAAGCAGGGCCAGAGCGGCAUCCUCUCUUGCAUUGCCUUCAGCCCGACCCAGCCGCUCUACGCCUGUGGCUCCUAUGGCCGCUCCCUGGGUCUCUAUGCCUGGGAUGAUGGCUCCCCUCUUGCACUGCUGACAGGGCACCGAGGGGGCAUCACUCACCUCUGCUUUCAUCCGGAUGGCAACCGCUUCUUCUCUGGAGCCCGCAAGGAUGCUGAGCUGCUAUGUUGGGAUCUUCGGCAGCCUGCCCACCCACUGUGGUCCCUGGGUCGAGAGGUGACCACCAAUCAGCGUAUCUACUUUGACCUAGACCCAGUUGGGCAGUUUCUGGUGAGUGGCAGCACUAAUGGAGCCGUCUCUGUGUGGGACACCAGCAGGAUAGAGCCUGAGGGCAAGCCGGAGCUAGUACAGAGUUUUCUUCCCCAGGAGGACUGCACCAACGGAGUGAGCCUGCACCCUAGCCUGCCUCUCCUAGCCACUGCCUCGGGUCAGCGUGUAUUUCCAGAGCCCACCGAAAGCGGGGAUGAAGGCGAGCAGGAAGUGGACCUUCCCUUGCUGUCCAUGCGCCACUGCCAUCUGGAAUGUCAGCUUCAGCUCUGGUGGUGUGGGGGUGAUCCGGACACCAAUAUCCCUGAGGCUCAGAAGGGCCAGGGGGGGACAAUGGGAGGUGGGGGUGAGUUCACAUAA